ACAGCGAGGUUUAAUACCCUGUGAGUCCCUUGGGAAAGUAGGAGCGAGCAACCUCAAAGCGCACCAGCUCACAGACACCGGUGGUGAUGAGCGAGCUCGGAAACGGGGUGUCGGUUCAAAGUUGUUUGCCACAUAUGGUUCCACCAACCCCGCUGGUGUCACAUCCUCUGUGGCUCGGAAAGAUUCCCAGGGAUUUAUAUAAGGCAGGGUGAAUCACACCGUCGGAAAUAGAGAAGGCAAAGGCUCACGCCCCAAUCCUCGCCCGGCGGCGCCCAGAGCACCCUAGGGGUUAAGUCUGAACUUUCCAGGAGGCCAGGCGCUGCCCAGACGCAGGGACUUGGCGACCACUCCAACCCUUGAGAGGGACACGGGCGCGACCGACCCACCCAGAGCCACUCCAGCCCUGUGCCGCCCCCUACCACGCCCCCGCGCUGACGCCACCCGCCGGGCUUCCUCUGGGCCCCGAAAUCCCCAGCCGAGUGUGGGGCCGCCUCUCCCGCUAGGAAGGAGCCAUCGCCGCUUUAAGGGAAAGAGGAGGGGAAGGGGGCGGAGGAGUGGGGGGCGGGGAGCGGCGGUUGAGGAGGGGGAGGAGGAUCCCCCUCGCUCCCACGUGGUCCGGGCGCUUGUGAAUUGCGCCCGCCCGAGGGUCUCACAGCGAAAUACAAAAGCAGCUGGGAAGAGGCGGCGAAGCUAGUUCCCAGCGCCGGGCAGAGCCCCGCAGCGCCCCGCAGGCGCGAUGGGGCUGAGGCGCCCGGAGCUCCCUAGCCGACAAGCUGCCCGGCCCGCCUCGCCGCCGGGACGCCGGCGCCCGGGCUCGGCUUGAAGCAGCGGCGGCACCGGCACGGCCGGGGAAGCAUGGGCAGGAGGAUGCGGGACGCCGCCGCCACCGCGGGACUCUGGCUGCUGGCGCUGGGCUCGCUGCUGGCGCUGUGGGGCGGGCUCUUGCCGCCGCGGACAGAGCUGCCCGCCUCCCGGCCGCCCGAAGACCUACUCCCGCGGCUCCCGGCUGGGAGCGGCGGUUUGGAGCCCGCUCCUCGCUUCCCUCUCCCCCCACCCCUGGCGCGGGAUGCCCCCGGCGGCUCCCUGAAAACUUUCCGGGCGCUGCUCACCUUGGCUGCCGGCGCAGACGGUCCGCCUCGGCAGUCCCCGGGCGAGCGCAGACGACACGUGCCAGCCGGAGUGCCCCGGCCGGAGGAGCGUGCCGCGGUGCGCGGGGGUAUCUUCUGGAGCCGCGGCCUAGAGGAGCAGGUGCCCCGGGGUUUUUCGGAGGCCCAGGCGGCAGCGUGGCUGGAGGUGGCUCGCGGAGCCCGGGUGGUGGCCCUGGAGCAUGGGAGCUGCGGGCGCAGUUCCAACCGGCUGGCCCGCUUCGCCGACGGCACACGCGCCUGCGUUCGCUACGGCAUCAACCCGGAGCAGAUACAGGGCGAGGCCCUGUCCUACUACCUGGCGCGCCUACUGGGCCUCCAGCGCCACGUGCCGCCUUUGGCACUGGCCCGGGUGGAGACUCGGAGCGCGCAGUGGGCGCAGGUGCAGGAGGAGCUUCGUGUCGCGCACUGGGCCGAGGGCAGCGUGGUAAGCCUGACGCGUUGGCUGCCCAACCUUACGGACGUGGUGGUGCCCGCGCCCUGGCGCUCGGAAGACGGCCAUCUGCGGCCCCUCCGUGCCGCCGGGGGCGAGCUAGCCAACCGCAGCCAGGCGGAGCUGGUGGACCUGGUGCAGUGGACUGACUUGAUCCUCUUUGACUACCUGACAGCCAACUUCGACCGGCUUGUUAGCAACCUCUUCAGCCUGCAGUGGGACCCGCGCGUCAUGCAGCGCGCCACUAGCAACCUGCACCGCGGCCCUGGCGGGGCGCUGGUCUUUCUGGACAACGAAGCGGGCUUGGUGCACGGCUACAGGGUGGCGGGCAUGUGGGACAAGUAUAACGAACCGCUGCUGCAGUCAGUGUGCGUGUUCCGCGAGCGGACAGCACGGCGCGUCUUGGAGCUUCACCGGGACCGGGACGCAGCAGCCCGGCUGCUGCACCUCUACCAUCACCACGAGCCUCGCUUCCCGGAGCUGGCCGCGCUCUCCGACCCCCACGCUCAGCUGCUGCAGCGCCGCCUCGAUUUCCUCGCCAAGCACAUUUUGCACUGUAAGGCCAAGUACGGCCGCCGCCCGGGAACUUAACUUCACCCGGAAGAAAAGAAGCGGAGACCCCUGGCUGGAGGAUGGGGGAAGGGCCGUCGCCCGUGCAACUGCCUGGGACCAGCCGGGCAACGCCCAGCCAGUGGCCCCAGCGCGAAGGCGGCUAAAAACUUCAGCGUACCCCACCUGCCCCUUUUUCUCUCUCCCAUGCUAUUUGGUUUCAAAGUUCUGGGAAAAUGAACUCAUUGAGGCGAGCAGUGUAACAUUCCCUCCACCCAGCCUAUAAAAGGAUUUUGCACUGUGCCUGCACGGAGUUUGGAUCUGAAGACACAGGCCGCCGGAGUUUGGCCCCCCGGUGGCCGUCUCUGUGGGAGAUGCAUCCCAUUCCUUGGCGCUCUCAUUCCCUUUCCGAAAAAGGAAAACUUCUGUUAAGGCCGCGAAGCUGAUUCUUCAAUUUCCUACCAAAAGCAGUGCUGGUGGCCGGGGAGAGGGCUGUGACAUUGGCUGGUGGAGCCCCCUUCCUGUGAUCUCCCUUUGUUCCAGCUCGGUGAUGGUGAGAUCACUGUUAGGAGCGGGGAACGGCUCUGGUAGGACAAAGACAGCAGGACCUCUGGAACUGGGGGAAUUCUUCAGACCCUAACCUGACAAUUUAUCUGACUUGUCCCUUAUCGCUGGUCAUUUCGUCCUGAAGCCUUUACAAAUGCAGAGCCAGCUGUGUGAACUGAGUCAAAUAAUGAAUUUCUACCCCAACCAACCGACCAAAAUUUUGACAAUGAUGUUUUCACCAGAGGAAAAAAAAAAUCCGUUUCAUGCACUUUA